AUGCCCGUAACGCCGCUAACCAUAGACAACAUACCGUGCAAUAGAGUGAUGGCUGACCACCAUCUGGCGGUUCCAUCUAAAUACGUGCCACAGACUGCCGCUGUUAUUCCACAGCGAAAGCAAUCAGUAUUUGUCGCGCCUUCCGGUAUAAACUCCAUACUAAGGUCGCCAUUUCCGCCGCCGCCGCUGCCACCACCACCAGUUCCUCUAUCACGGCCGCUAUCUAUUAAUACAUCGCUAUCGCAUUUAUCGCCACCGUUGCCACAACAUCAUCAUCAGCAGCAGAUAUCGACGACAACGGUGCCAUCAUUGGCACCAAUAGUGUCACCAAAAAUAUUGACAUUUUCGCCGCCAGGGCUGUCGUCUUCAGGAUUGGCAAACUUGAAUCCAAACCUAUUGCGGCCAAAUGCCCAAAAUUUAGAGCAUAUCAGUCGUAUAAAUAAAAUAAUCUCUGAAAACGAGGCCAUUGUCGAGACACUGGAUCCAUUGUGGCACAAGCGAUGGCCGGCACGCAACUCGACGUCCUCAUUGACCAGUCGUAUGGUAAAUGGUUUACCGACGACAGCGAUCACCACUACAUCAUCGGUACUGAGUUGUAUAACAACCAACGGUUCGGCCAAUAAUCGCCGUUACUCUGAAGUGCAUAGCAAUCAACCGCUAUCUAAGUUACAGUCGGCACUACUGGGAAAGGCGCCGACACCGGGAGUGACCAAUAAUUUGUUGCCGACGCGGAAAUAUUCAGAAUUUAGCUCUCAUGAGAACCACUCUCAACAUAAUGAUAGUGAACACAACUUUACGAGUGAAUCAAUUGUACGCAACUUAUUGACCACUAAAACACCAAUACAACUGUCACCGCCGGGCAAAGUGUCGCCGCCAGCCAACAGCGGUGGACAUCCGCAGAAUCCCGAAGGAUCUAUCAUUAAAGACUUAUUGCUCAAGAGUCGAGACGAGGCGAAAAAGAGUCGCCAACACCAACAGCCGGUGCAAUCGGAAAUGCAGACAAUAACAACAACAACUACAUCAGCACCGCAACCGCAGGUGACCACCGAACACGAGUCUACAAUGUUGGUCUACGUGUGCACUGUUUGUAAUAUUGCUUUUCGCAACAAAGAGAACCUGGAGGUACAUCAGUAUCACUACUGUAAAGGCAAUGAUGAUAUGUCCAUAACCCGUCCGACGAAGCAAAAGCUCGACAAUUUAGUUCAACGAAAGGUAUCGGUAAUGGCCAGACCCGGGUUCGGUAUGUCGCCCGUCAAACACUAUACACACCAAAACAGACAGUCAGUACUUCAUUCGCAGCAAUCAUCGCCACAACAGAGGCACUCAACCACUGGAGGGCCGAUGCCUCCCAUCGGUAAUAUACUUAAACAACAACUGUUAGCCCCUAAUCAGGGACCGCCACUCAAGAAACGCAAAAUAUCGGAACCUGUAUUCAGAAGUAGUAAUAAUAAUCACUUAUUGCCUGACAUCCAGAUUAUUGAGGAGCACUCAGUUAGGAGGGUAUCAGUGGUACAGCCAACACAUCCAGUGACCGGCCAGUCGUCGCCAAACUAUACAUCUAAGUCAAAUCACUUGACGGCACUCGAGCCGGCCAGUGGUGGUCGCAUGCCAUCCAUAUCAGCGUCGCAUACGGUCAUACAGCCUGUUCUGCAUUCAGGCGCAACAGUGAUUGAAAACUACUUGUCCUCUCAAUGCAACAACAAAUCCUAUCCAAUCGGUUUCGAUACUAUCAGCACAUGUCGCACAUCGGUUCUCAACAAUUGGCCCACAGAUCUAGUCAGCGAUCCAUCGAAGAAAAAGAUUCCCAUCGAGAUAUUGCCCGCCUAUUUGCCACACUUGUCGCGGCCGACCACCAAAAUUACGUUCAAAGAGCCGAUUGUAUUUCCAGUCCUCAAAAACCAGUUCGCCAACGAUCCGAACGUUGAGUUUACCGUUGACUUUAACUUCAAUUCGGCAAACUAUUCGGCAAAUAUAUCGGAGCGCAAGUCAAGUAUGUGUGGCUAUAAACAAGUGGCCUCAAUGCCCGAACCGACAACUGUUGAUGACAAAUGUCAAAUGAAUAGUAAAGAAUGCGACGGCAAAGUUGAUUCCGACAAAACUGAUUCCGAAAUUAGUUUUGUAGAUAAAGAAAAUGAUAAAUUAUUAACAACAGUAGUAUCUUCGCUACCAAUCAAUGGCCUAAUUGGCUGCAAAUCUACCGGUGCUGUACGGCCGACAACAUUGUCGUUGCGGCCAAACAACAGCUCAAAUCUGGUCAGUUCCACUCUGGUCUCGCCCGACACUCCCCGACCGGACAAGUCUUGUGUGGAACUAUUUAUGAACGGACACGCCUACAGUCGCAUUGGUCUUAAAGCAAAGCCUAGGCCUGUCUAUCUUACAGUAUAUCAGGCACAGCCCAUGUGUGGGCGCCAAGAGUACGAUCCAAACCUAUCGAUGUACUCAAAUUGGAUACCUCGACCCAUUUCUACCGACGAUGUCAUGAACUUGGCUUCUCCAUCAACCAUUCUCGGCUUAUACGACCUGAAAGGGUCACAUUCGCCGAUAACAACGAGUGCUAUUAAAGGUGAUCUGACGAUCACUCACUCUAGUUAUUGGACGUAUCAUAAAUCCGAUGAGGAAAAGGAAAAUCUUAAGAGAAAUGUAGAAAUAAUUGCAAAGAUGAGGCAUGAAUUGGGAGAAAAUAUGGAACAACAGGUUUUCAGAAAGAUCAGUGAAGUGAGCGCUUCAUCGGCCUAUUCAGGGGAUACCGAUGAAGACUGUGGCGAAGCGGGUACACCACCCAAAAGGGUUCGCAUAUUUGAAGGCGGUUUCAAAUCAAACGAAGACUAUACAUAUGUUAGAGGAAGAGGACGUGGAAAGUAUGUGUGCGAAGAGUGUGGUAUCCGAUGCAAGAAGCCAUCAAUGCUGAAGAAACACAUCCGAACGCAUACCGAUCUCAGACCAUACAGUUGUCGUCACUGCGCUUUUGCCUUCAAAACCAAAGGCAAUCUCACCAAACAUAUGAAGUCCAAAGCGCACCACAAAAAGUGUGUUGAAUUAGGUAUAAUACCGGUGCCCAUUACCAUCGAUGACUCUCAGAUCGAUACGGAAGCGCUGGCCAAACAAGAGAUGCUUGAGAUAACGUGCGGUAAUUUACCAGAAGAUGAGGACGAAGACGAAGAUGAAGGCGAAUGGGAUGAGGACGACGAUGAAGAGGAUGACGAAGGAGUUCCCAUACCAUUGAUUGAGUUGCAACGGAUGGCGCCAGCAGUUCCGGGACAGUUUGAUGAUGCUGAUUUUGAUUGUCGACCACAUACAAUAUCGGAAUCGGGAUCAGCGGCCACUGAAGCCGAGGAACAGGAAGCAGCCCAUAGUUUACUGAUUCUGUCCGGUUCUGGAUCCGAGUCUGAUCUGACAAAUACAACGCGCAAAAUAUCUGCGACUGUAGAAGACAUUGCCAAUUCACCCGACAGACGAAGAGUUUCAGUCAUUGAUCGAAAAAUAUCACAGCAUAUGAUGGAAGAAAAACAACGAAGAAUUUCUCUUCAAAUGAUUGAAAUGGAGAAACAAAGACGUAUUUCUCAGCAUAUCCUCGAUUCGGAUCAACAAAGACUUAUCUCACAACAUAUGAUACCAGCCUUUAAACCUAACGAAGUCAUCGAUUAUCAUUCGGUGCCGACUAUAAUGAAACCGCCUUCAGAUUCUUUGCCACCACCGCCUCAAGUGAUGACAUCACCGCGAAAAUUGUCACCAAUACAGCAAUUGGAGCAACAGGUCCAACAACAACACCAACAACAGCAACAGCAACAGCAACAUAUGUUGCAAACUACUUGGACACCAAACUUUGACCAAAUGUCGAGACCCCGUUCCUAUUCAUUCAACGACAUGUCACGAUUGCCAUCCAAUCACAAUACUUUUGCCUCCAAUACUCGAGUACCGGUUGAACCAAUCGAAGCUAUCAGUGAAGAAGAUAGUAAUGGUUCUGAAGACUCAUUUGCCGCCAGAAGAUAUUCGACUUCAGUUCUCGGCGAUCGAUCCUUCCAAUCGCCACAUAAUCCGACCAAUAAUUUGUCUGCAAUUUCCGAACGCGAAGAGCCAAUGGAUUUGUCGACGAAACCCAACGAACCUAUGGAUGGUAUUGUUUUUCCACAAAUACCGCAAACAAAUUGUGUUACAACAGGUAUGCCUCAGUCAGGAUUACCUCUUGGACUCAGACAGGGAGAGUUUAUUCCGAAAGCUCCUCAAAGAGUUGUCGUCGACUCAGUGGACGGCAAAAGCAUUUGUUCCAUUUGUUCCAAACAAUUCUCAAAGCCUUCGCAGCUAAGACUCCAUGAGAACAUACACUACUUUGAACGGCCGUUUCGUUGUGAGUCGUGUGCCGUCAGUUUCCGUACGAAAGGUCAUCUCCAGAAACACAAACGAUCGGUGUCUCACUUCAACAAAGUCAACAUUAAUAUGACAUUCGGUACGCCGACCACUGAUAAUCCGCGGCCAUUUAAAUGUGAUGACUGUAAGAUAGCUUUCCGUAUUCACGGCCAUCUGGCCAAACAUUUGCGGUCGAAGAUGCAUAUAAUGAAGUUGGAAUGCCUCGGAAAAUUGCCAUUCGGUAUGUACGCCGAAAUGGAGCGGUCGAUCGUUAACCUCAACGAGAUUGACACCACCGACUGCGAGAACUCGCUGCUCAGCCUUCAAGCACUGGCUCAACGACUCUACGAUCCGAGACAAAUGCGAUGGGCAUCGGAACCUGUGGCCAACAACAACAAUAUCGAUGGUCCAUAUGAUGACGGGUCUCAAGUCAAAGAUGAACCAAAUGAUGCCUAUUAUCAUGCAUUAGAUCGCGAAAGAAAAUCAUUAUUACCCGCAAACUGUCAUCCAUUACCACCAGCACCUGAGUCAACGUCACCAACUCUUGCUAAUCAAACAACUCCACGAUUGCCAUCGCCAUCACUAUCACCUUUACAAUCAAUACAACCUCCACCGCCUCAAACAACGCCAAAAUCACAUUCACCUGCACCUACACCAACACCAACACCACCACAAAGUCAACCACAACCACAGUCUCAAACAGGCUUUACAUCUACCCGUUCCAACACAUGUCAUAUCUGUGGACAGACAUUCAAAGCCGCAAAGUUUCUUCAGGUGCAUCUAUACUGCGAUCAUCAAAACGACAGCUCUUCGCCUCAAGACGACGACGAUGAUGAUCGACACGACUACGAGUGCGAUGUUUGUCAUAAAGGGUUUACCGAUGAAUCUGCUUUCAAAAAGCAUAUGUUUGGUCAUACGGCCGCCCGACCGCAUGUAUGUGACUUAUGUGACGCCGGUUUUACCACAACUUUACUGUUGGACUCGCAUAUGCAGACACACCAUCACAGAGCACAACAAACUGCAUGAAUUGAAUUGAAUUGGUGUUCCGCUAUCUGUCUAUCUAUUCAUUUGUCAUCAUUUGAUUUAAUCAAAUUUCAAGAGAGAAAAAAUACUAUUAUUAAUGAAUUGUCGACUUGUUUUCAAAUCAAUGACAUAUUUUGACUAAAAUUUUUGGUUUAAUUACUAUUAUAUUAUUUGGUUAUAAGAAAUGGCAAUAAAAGUCUAGACUUUGAUUAAUACACACUUUUAAAGUUCAUAAACUUUGAACUUUAUAUUUUUACAUAACUUUUUAUUUUUUAUUUGAAUCAUAACAAUACAGUACUACAAUAAUUAUUUUUAUUUAAAAAUCUUAAAUAUAUUAUAAAAU